UGGCAAUAGCCACAAUAACCAGUAUACCAGAAAAAUUGAAACUUUCAGACAACAACCGCCGCCGCCACCACCACAAAAACAACAACCAUCACCACAAAUACAACAAUCACCACCACAGGUACAACAACCACCACCACAGAUACAACAACCACCACCACAGAUACAGCAACCACCACCACAGCAGCAAACAAUGUCACAAGUGACAAAUUGUGUAUCAACACCAAAAACAGCUAAUCCAAUGAAAAAUCAACAACAUCCUAUGCCCUUACAGGAUUUACCACCUCAACUACAUUGUCCCAAACCAGAGGCUGAAACUCAAGUACCAACUACUGUGGUUACUCAAUCAUCUACAGUACAGGAUCAUCAGAACAAACAGAUAAAAGUUGAAGAUGAAAAACCAAAAAAUGAGAAGUCUGAAGUAAAAUGGCCAGUCAAACGUAAAAUUAGCAAGAAAGAACGUAAAAAGCGACUAAAUGCUAGAAUGCGUCGUUUAGUAUCUCCUAAAAGUCCAUUGAUGGUAUUUUCUGAAUUGUUCAAAGAUGUACCAAUUCACUUACAAGAGCACCCACUUCAUAAUGUUAUGAGUUACACUGCUACACUUGAGAUUGAUGGUCAAAUUUAUUCUGCAAAUCAUAUUUCUAAGACUCAAGCCAAACAAAAGGCAUGUGAAAACUUCUUGCGCAUUAUGUUGGCAAAAAAAAUAAGUGAACGAUCUGAAAAAAAAGAAGAAUCUCCCAUGCAGGUUGAUAUGGAAGUUGGAGAAAAUAGUUCAGUGUCAAAACCUAAAGGACCCCCACAAGAGGAUUUUCCUUGGCCACAUUUUGCUUCAUUAGCUAUGCAUAACUUAAUAAAUCAAUGGGAGCUACAACCUGUUGUUACAAAAGCUAAUUAUGUACAUGAAGAACCAAAUGUCAUCAAAUCACAACCUAAGACUGGUGCUAUGAGAAAGUUUCCUGAAAACCCGAAAAAUUGUAAUCCAAUACAGUUAAUAAAUCAAAUGAAACCCGGUGUACAAUUUGUUGAAACUAUAAUGAGUUUAAAAACUCCAUCACUUUUUCAAGUGAGCUGUGUGAUAGAUGAUGUUCCAUUUUCUGGACAAGGUUCAACAAAAAAGGCAGCUAAAAAGGAAUGUUGUAUUGAAGCAAUCAAAUAUUUUUGGCAAUUUGAUUUCCGUGCGAAUAAUUAAUUUAAGAAAUUAAAAUUUUGUUUAUAAUAAUAU